UAAUUUUCCUCUUAUCGUAUUGCCAUAAAAUGUGAAGAUUUAGAUAACGCGCAAUAUAAAAUACUUCUCUCAAUAUUAGUAACUGAAUCUUAACACCUAAUUCAUCUGGGUCAUGCAGCUAACCGCCAUAACAUCAACUUGUAACAUGCACUGGCUGUUCAGUACACAAUGUCUUCACAGGAAAUUGCGGAAUACGUAAUAAGCCUUUGAUUUUUAUGAGACCCUAAUCUACGGUUAUCAGUGACUAAACAAAGAAUACCUGAUACGCGGAACCGACAGUCUGUUGCAAGGCUCCACCAUGGCCUUACUCCACCUUUCACCCUUGCUGGUGUCUUUCCUUCUGGUUCAGGGGAGCAGCGAUGCCCCAGGACAACCACAGAACAUGAGGUUCAGUGACGGCGACACGGCACCAGAUGGAGUAGUAGUGAUGGGGGACAUGCUGAUGCCUCAGAAUCUCUACCAUGCGAAAUUCAACUCUUCCUUUUCUCGUAAAGGCAUCGCCCUCGACAGUUACCUGUGGCCUGAGGAGGGAGGAGUACCCGUCGUCCCUUACGUGUUCCGGGACACCAAGUACCAAAGAGAAAUUGAAGCAGGGAUGAGACACUGGGAGGAACACACGUGUCUGACCUUCCGGCCAAAAGAAGUGAAGGAUACUAACUGGCUGAGGUACAUCUAUGACAAAGGCUGCUGGGCGUACAUAGGAAAGCAGCCAAAAUCUGGGAGCCAAGACGUCUCCAUCGGCCUUAAUUGUCAAAGGCUCAGCGUCGUGGUUCAUGAGAUCGGCCACGCCAUCGGGCUCUUCCACGAGCAGAUGAGGUCAGAUCGGGACGACCAUGUGAAUAUUAACUGGCAGAAUAUUCUCGAGGACCAGAAAGAUAAUUUUGCGAAGGAGAAAAGGUACGAAGACAACCGGGGCGUGCCGUACGACUACACUUCCAUCAUGCACUACGCGGGGAAGGCCUUCACCAAGAACGACAGGACCACAAUAGCGACAAAGCUACCGGAGCACCAGGGACUCUUGGGUCGCACUGAGGAACUGACACACCGAGACAAGCACAUCGUGAACCUUAUGUACGGCUGCAUCGACAAGUGGCAAGCACAGUGCCCGUCAGCUGAGGUGUGUGAGGGUGAGGGUUACCUGGGGCGUGAUUGCACCUGUGUGUGUCCACCUGGCCGGGAAGGUGACAGGUGUGAGUUGCAGAAGGCAGAGUAUUACGAUCAAUCUCUACCGACCUGCAGCAGGACGAUCACCACGGAAAUCAACUUUACUUCGCCAAAUUAUCCUCAGAACAUUCCAGCAGGUACCUGGUGCGUGUACAAGGUGGAGGCGCCGGUGGACAUGGUGCCAGAGGUCAUAUUCCACUCCUUCAGCUUCUUGAGUCCUCCUCCCAUUUCCCCGUGCACCGAUUUUUUGGAAGUGAGAGAUUCAAGUCCAUAUGAGGGAGGAAUGUACUGCCGUAGUGAGAUCAAGAAAGGACAGAGCUUCCUGAGCAACUCCACUCACCUGUACCUGUAUAUGGACAUUUUCACCUCAUGGUCACAGGGGUUCGAGGCAGAGGUGGUGUUUCACAAUGCUAGCUACACAGUCAUGCCCUCGCCUGGAGGUGUAAGGGACCAGGUGCCCUCCACUGUGUUGAUACUGCUGGCCUUACUGGCGGCUCAGGUGUAUGGGAAGUUUUAAGACCAUAUUCUGAAACACGUCUGUGUUGCUCUAGUUAAAACUACAUGGGUUUUUAGAGCUGUUCAUACGGUUCCAGUGACAGACUGACAAGAUUUCUGUAUCAUUAAAAGGGGAAACAGUCUUGAGAACCCGGCUAAUAAUCUCUGCGGCCUUUGAAAAUAUUCGUGGUGAGAGAACAGAGCGUGCAAGUAGGGGAUGCAAGGUGUGAAGGAUGACUGUUAACGUGAUGUCGUGUAUGUGAUGUGAUGCAAUGUAUGUUAUGUAUGUGAUGCAAUGCAAUAUAAUGUUAUGUGAUGCGAUGUCUCUCGAAAGUAAAGUCUUUGAAGCGGUGCCUCCUGAUGUUAUGUUUAUUGAAGUUUAUAAUUAUA